GCCGAGGUACAUGCCUCUAUCAAAAUAAUAAUUACGGGGCGUGGGGGCGUUUACGACUUGUGCCUAGACUUUCGGUUGUAGGCCCAAAAGUGUUGUAUCCCUGAACCUACCCUACCCUACCAUUCUUCUAACGUUCUCGACGUUUUGUUGGCCUGUGUCGUUGUUUGUCGUGAGUCGGAAAAUGCAAAUUGGACUGAAUUGGCUUGUCGAGGGGGGUGGCAUGAAAGAUGUUCCAGUUGCAAUGAUUAACGUCAUGAAUAAAACUAAUUUUGUUAUUGAGAGAUUGGCUUUGCUUCGCUGAAUGUAGGAGUUCAACGGCUGAUAGCUGUAUUACAACUUCAGAUUCAUUUUUAGUAAUUUAUUUUUAGUAACACGUAGACAAAGUUAUUCAAAUACGGGCUUUAAUAUUUUACACCAAAUCAAUUUUGGUUGAAUACAACAAAAGCGAUUUUUAUUGCUCCCUUUUUAGUUUCCAUGAACUACUUCAUUUUAAGCAACACCAAUAAUCCAUUUUAAAACUAUUGCUUGUAAUUCACGAGAUGUUAACAAGUAUUUUGAUUGAUCGAAUUUAUUAGAAAUGGAAAAGGGUAUUCAAGAUUCCAAUUAACCGUCCACUUUCGCCUCUCUUUACUGUCCCUAUUACCAUUCGAUGUCGAACAAACGACAACAAAUCGCGACCUGACGUGAUAAAGAAUAACCGCAAACCGUUGUUGCCAACAGAAUUUGUAUUGUUCGGUUGUUCAAUAAAUGUACAUAAUUUGAAGCACCCAUCGGUGGCCAAUUGGGAUGCUCCACUUCCCCCUUCCUCCCUCAUCGCAUUCCGGUAACAAUGGGCGAUGAGGAGGAGCCAUCAAUGACAACACGUGCAGUUCGCUUCGUUGCCUCCGACGGGCAAGUUGGCCUGGAGCGGGUCACCCGUUCCAUUGUCCUUCGAAUCCGGCUGUCCGACUGUCUGCUGUCCGCUGUCAGUUGCCUGAUUUCCUGCUUUGCUGCCCUCUAAUCACCCGGAUCAUGUGCUCAUCCGUAGGCCUGGUCGUCGAGGGCAUCUCCCUCGGCAGUGGCCGCCAGUUUACUCCCCGGUUGACCAUGAAGCGGGAGUACAACACCAAGUGCUUUCGGCCGGAGCGGUAUCGCCACGAGGUGGCCAAUCACUACAGGGACUACAAGCUGCAGCAGCACGUGGGAUCCGGGUCUGGACACGAAUCCGGACACUCGGCCCAUCGACGGCGCAGGAGGAGAAACCGUCUCUUCUUUGCACCCGCAGUGUCAACCUCACUGGCGUCGGGGGGAAGUGCGCAGUUCCGCGAUGUGUGGCCAACCCAUGUGCACUACUUUCCCAGAUCCGACGAUACAACGUAUGCGUCCCGCGGCCGACGGACAGUGUGCUCCGGUGAGCCGCCCGACGACACCUACAACGACGCAGUGCGUCGCAUAAGGAGUGCCCACAGCUGCGAGCAGCUGCGCCACCUCGUCCACCGCAUUCCAUGGAGGAGCAAGUGCCGAAGUGCCAGCAGUAAUGCCGUGCCCGUGGCCCCCGCGCAUGGAAGCCAAACCAGCGAAACCAGCGACACCAGCGACAGAAGAGUCCGUGUAAAUUAUAAGCCGAAUAUUAAUAAGUGGCCCGCGGAAAGCCUACAAAAGCAGCAGAAGCAGCAGCAGCAGCAGCAGCCGCCGGUGGACUUCUACGGCUACCUGCAAUUGGCCAGCGGCUAUUACGAGCGGGGGUUGCAGGCCAACAUUAAGUACCUUCAAUCGAUUGGCCAGCGGCAGUGUAAUGCGAUAAGUCCGGUGCCGGGUUUAUUCUUGGACGCAGUGCAGCGCGGCGAGAGUCCGGUCCAAAAGCUCACCGGCCGACUGGUGUCGCUGCUCAAGAGCUUGCGGCGCAAGGCAGCCAAAUCGGCCAAAACAGCAAAGACAGCCAAGGAAAAGACGGGCGAUCCGGUCAUCUGCGUGAAGGUCAAGCAACAGAAGGAGGAGCGGGAGCCAGGGGAGGAGGAGCUCUUGGACAACUCGGAGGAAGGGCCAGCAGAGCAGUCGGCUAGCAUGUGCGACUAUUAUGCCACAGACUGCACAGCAACACAAUCAGGAGAAGCCACAGCAUCAGAGGCCUCAUUCGCCAAUUCAUCGAGUAGAACUGUAGCCCAGGCCACAUCCGCUGCAUCCGCUGCAUCCACUGCGUCCGGUGACCACCGACGCCUCUACGAGAUCAUCGACAAUCUGGGCCACCUUGGCAUCGGGGAUGCAACCGGCAGUCGCAGGCAACAGCAAACGCUGAAGCUGCCCCAGAUCUCGUUCACCGACUGCACCGCUCAACAGGUGGCGCCGCACUGCUCCAGCUUCAACAUCGUCAGACUGCAGAUACCCAACGAAGCCAGACCACCGAACCUCGGCCUGAGAGCACGUAGAGUCAACACAUAGAGGAACAACAAUC